AUGAUAAACAUGCUUGCAAGACAUCAGAGACAAUUUCAAGGAUUUGCGAGAGUUCUACGUAGAACGCUAUUUAUACAAACACAGACAACACCCAAUGAGAAUGCGCUAAAAUUUGUCCCUAAUGGAGCACAAAUACUACCCAGUAAAGAAACUCGGACUAUUGAAAUAAGCAACAUAAAAGAUGCAAUCCAUAAAUCUGAUUUAGCGUUGAAGCUAUUUUCUUUGAAUGAUAAGGGAAUAUCAUCCAUACUAUUUGGGCAUGAUUUCAUUACGGUUGUUAAACAAGAAGGAGAUUGGAAUGUCUUAAAACCUCAGAUCUUUGCCUUGUUAACCGAACAUCUGACCAUGGGCAAGCCAGUAUUAAGUGAGAACUUUCUCAAUGAGUUAGCAAGUGAAAGGGAAGAGUAUAAGGAGGAGCUAACGGAAGAGGAAGAGGUUGUUGAAUUAAUCAAGGAAUUAUUGAGCACACGAAUCCAGCCUGCCAUUCAAGAGGAUGGAGGGGACAUUGAGUAUGUUGGAUUUGACCAUUCCACCGGUACGGUUUCCAUUAAGUUGAUUGGUGCAUGCAAGUCGUGUUCGAGUUCUGAGAUCACGUUGAAGAGCGGAAUCGAAGACAUGUUGAAGUAUUAUAUUGACGAGGUUAAGGAAGUGAUCAAGAUUGAGGAGCCAAUUAUCAAGAGUGAAGAUGUUGAUGUAAAUGCCGCCAAGACUGCCGACGGUGUGAAUGGAAUGGGUGUCCAAGACAUGAGGAGAAUGUCUGGGUCAGACGAUGAGUUACCACCGAGUUUGUAA